AUGGAACCUGAGUUUUUCAAGGGUGAUAAAACUUAUUAUUUUCCCAUUGGACAAAAAGUUUGUGGAACAUGUUUAACAAAGAUCAAAUCUUUUUAUUCAAGAAAGACACAGAUCCCUUUGAAUAAGGAGAACGCGUCUGCAACAAUGCGAUUUUCAAAAUUAAAAGCUAACCAAAACAUAGAUACUCUUGCGAAUAUGAAUAAUGCUGGAAUUCAAUCACCAUCUCAAUUCAUUGAUUGUACUGUGAGCUCGGUGUAUGCUGAACGAUUACCACUAAAUGAUAUCAAUCAGCUACUUACGUCGAUUUCGAACAAUAUCGAUCUGCUGAAAUACCAAAUUCAGCAGUCAGUUCAUGAUUUAUUUGCUGGUACUAUUUGGAUGUUGAAACAUCACUACGAGUCUAUUAUGAAAGAAUUCUUAAGCUUUAUUUGUGAAUGUUUCGCCCCCAGUCAAGGUGAAAAGCUGCAUGAACUUUUUGAAGAAAAUCUGGAUUCCACCACGCAGUCAAUUUUAGAAGCAUAUCACUUCGCUCCGAGUCGAAAAUGGCAAUAUUUUUUCUUAUCCACAGUAUCGAAGCAAUUUACUAAUGAUGUCUUACUAUCUAUGUUUGGGUGUAAUCGAUACAUGAUCGGUAAAAGUCGUUCUAUUACUCAUCACAAUGACCAAUUUAAUUCUAUGGAAAAACGCGCAGUUACACGAUAUCAUUCCCAAGGUGAUGCUUCCGGAAUCUGGAUCCGUCCUGAACCUGAACGAUCCUAG